AAAAAUAAAAAAAUUAAUAUCUGAUGCAUUUUAUGGAUAGACGCUAUAAAGGAGUAAGGCAUUUCCAUAACAAGAACAAUAACCAAAACUUUCUGAUCGCCCAGAUUACUGAACUCACUCCACUUUUACCCCCAUUUUCCCGAGAAAAUUCUAAGAUGAGCCGCCAUCCUCCUGUCAAAUGGGCCCAGAGGUCUGAUGAGCUGUACAUAACUGUUGAGUUGCCUGAUGCUCAGGACCUGAAGGUUGUACUGGAGCCUGAAGGAAAGUUUUACUUCUCUGCAACUGCUGGUGCAGAAAAGAUUCCGUAUGAAGUUAACAUUGACCUGUUUGACAAGGUUGAUGUAAACAAUAGCAAAGCUAGUGUUGGUGCAAGAAAUAUCUUCUACUUAGUUAAAAAGACUGAGAACAAAUGGUGGGACAGACUGUUAAAGCAGGGAGGAAAACCUCCAGUCUUUUUGAAAGUAGAUUGGGACAAGUGGGUUGAUGAAGAUGAGGAGCAAGAAGAUAAUAAACCUGCAACUGAUACGGACUUUGGGGACUUCGAUUUUUCUAAGAUGAAUAUGGGCGGGGGUGAGGGACUGGAUGAUGACAUGGCAGAUGAUGGUGAUGAUGAUGAGAAUGACACAGAAGACCAGGUCACAGGAGAAGCAUCAGCUGAUAAUGAACCCGACACAAAAGACACUGUAGUGGGCAAUCCUAGUGUUGCCUCAGAUACUAAGGCUUAAAAAGCUUGGAAUCGUGAACCUUGUCAUAGCUUUCUCUGUAAGGACAAGUAUUUCUAAGCUUGCUUACCAAGAAGCCUUACGGGUUCUUGUGAUUUUAGGUUGCUAACAUGUUAACUUCUUCGACCUUGGAUUUCUAGCAAGAGAAGCCAGGCAUAUAGGAGCUGGCCUUAUGUGAUAUUAUUAGAAAGUUAAUAUGUAUCUUUGUUUGGGUUAGGGUACUAAGCCUGUGAAAAACAUUUUUGGAUGAAGUGGCAUUGACAAACGACACAAACCUCACUUAAUACAAACUUUGUGAUUUUAAACAUAGAAAAUGAAAUGGAAUUUGUCCUUG